UUUCUCGAGAAUUGUGCCUGACCUCCAUUGUCGCCGGAGCUCAACAGCUCUCACUCUCUUCUUAAGACCCCCACCCCCACCCCCACCCCCAAGGAGACCCAUAACACCAUGAACACGAUAAACCCUUUUUCUGCUAAAACAAUCCAAAUUGACAAGAAAAUCAACCAUUCCCUUCAUCACCAUCGUCCAAUUUUGUCUAAACCAUUUUCUUCUCUCGGUUUUAGAACCCCAUUGUUCCCCUCUUUCUUGCCCAUCAAAGCCUCUUCUUCAUUAUCCUUUCAAAACCCAGAAACCCCAAAAUCCAUAAACCCUCAAAACCCGUUUUCUGUUCUGUUCUCAGUUCUCAAACCUGCAAUUAUUGCCACCAUUACAGCUACUUCCCUUUUCUUAACGCGAUUCUAUUUUAACCCGAAGCCCGCAUUUGCUGUGUCGCUUUCUUCUCCGCACACUACAGAGGCAAACGUAAAGGAUUCAGCUUCUGACGAGGAAAAUGAGAAGGCCCUCGAGAGUUUCUUGCUGUCGAACCCGAAUGAUGCCGAUGCUCUGAGGAAUUUGAUGGAAAUUCAGAUAAAGAAUCGGAAAUUAGUCGAUGCUAUUAGCACUAUUGACAAGUUGAUUGAGCUAGAGCCAAAUGAGACUGAAUGGCCUUUGUUGAAAUCCCAUUUAUAUGUUUACAAUGGUGAGCUUGAAUUGGCCAAAAUUGGAUUCAGUGAGAUAUUAAAGAAAGAGCCUUUUCGUGUAGAGGCUUAUCAUGGGCUGGUGAUGGUGGCGUCGCAAGAAGAUUCAGUUGAAGAGUUGAAAGAAAUAAAGAAAAAAGUUGAGGAGGGGAUCAAAAUGUGUGAUAAGGAGAGUAAAAAGAGUGAAAUGAGGGAUUUUAUGCUGUUGCUUGCACAAAUUUGGGUAAUUGAAAGUAAAUAUGAGGAUGCGUUGAAGGUUUAUCAGGAGUUAGUGAAGGAGGAGCCAAAGGAUUUUAGGCCUUAUUUGUGUCAAGGGAUAAUACAUACUUUGUUGAGAAAGAAAGACGAGGCGGAGAAGAGUUUUGAGGAAUAUCGAAGAUUAGUACCACAAGGCCACCCUUAUGCUAGGUACUUUGAUGAUAAUUUGAUUGCAACAAAGCUCUUCUCUCAGAAAGUGGAGAGUUAAA